CACAUGCAUUGGUACUAUUUGCAAGCUCUCUUGGGAAGUUUGGCCUAGCUAGAAAAGGAGAUCAGUGCGUAUUCAGUUUUUGGGGAGAAAGAAAGAAGGUGGAUUCAACCAAAGCAACCCAUGGGGAGGCCUCCUUGCUGUGACAAAGUUGGCAUCAAGAAAGGUCCAUGGACACCUGAGGAGGAUAUCAUCCUUGUCUCAUACAUCCAAGAACAUGGUCCAGGAAAUUGGAGAUCAGUGCCUACUAAUACUGGGUUGUCAAGGUGCAGCAAAAGUUGCAGGCUUAGAUGGACAAAUUACCUCAGGCCAGGAAUCAAGAGAGGGAACUUCACUCCCCAUGAUGAAGGAAUGAUAAUUCAUUUGCAAGCUCUACUGGGUAACAAAUGGGCAGCCAUAGCUUCGUAUCUUCCCCAAAGAACAGAUAAUGAUAUCAAGAAUUAUUGGAACACCCAUCUAAAGAAGAAGCUUAAGAAAUUUCAAGCUGCCAUAGAUCCCCACUCAGCAUCAGACUCAGCCACCAGUGGUCAGUAUCUACCAAAGAGCUUUAACGACAGAAGAAGUUUAGACAUGAGCAGCAGCAACAAUAACCAUGUCUCAUCCGUUAGGCUUAGUCAGUCUCAGUCCUCCACAUAUGCCUCAAGCACUGAGAACAUCUCUAGACUCUUGGAAGGUUGGAUGAGAUCUUCCCCAAAGCCACUCAAGAGAUCCCAAGAUCAAGAGCUCCAAAGCAUUGAUGAUGAUAACAACAACAACAGCAACAACUUUGAGACCACUAAUAAACUGAUGAAGUGUGCAUCGCUGCCUGCUUUGAACCUUCACCAUCAGCACAAAAGAAACAAAGAUGAGCAAGAGGGUGGCGUAGAUAUGGCUUCUCAUGAAGAGUUUGAUUCUAUUUUGUCCUUUGAGAACCUAAACAAUGCUGCUUGGGACAAGUCCACAUGCGAUUCCAUGCCUGAUAAGAGUCCUGAAGCUGCUGCCGAAUCUUCUCACGAAGUCUCUCAAGAAGAGAGGAUCAGGCAAAAAUCUGAGAACAACAGUGCUCCUCCAUUGUCAUUUCUUGAGAAGUGGCUCUUAGAUGAAAGCGUUGGUCAAGUGGAGGAGAUGAUGGAGUUAUCUCCAAUGUUCUAAUUGACAUGGAAAUCUCAAUCCCUAUAAGUUUGGGAUGUGACAUUCAAAAUCAUAUAUGACUAGCCAGAAGAAAGAAGAGAAAGGAAACUCUUCAGAGAUCUGACUAGGGUUUAAUCCAUUACAUGGGUUGAGGCUCUCAGAAGCAGCUGGGAUCUCCUCCAACUUGUAACUUGGAAAGUUUAUCAAUGGUUUAAUUAUUUCAAGUAAUACUAUGCUUAGUGCA